UGACUGCAAAGUGCGCAGUAGUUUUUAAAUAGAAAACUUCGUUCAGAACACAACAUGAAAACUGUCAUUAUACUGUUCGGCCUAUUGGUUGCGGCAAACGCAAUCCCUUUACAAAGCCAUGACCGUGUUUUUCGUGAGGAAAUAGUUUUGCUAAGAAAGCCGUUUCACAUUCCUUCAUCGUUGCUAAUCUGGCUGCCACACACUGUAAAAUCAAUCAGACGAUCCUUUAACAGACCAGCACUGCGCCAAGACAGCAGUGACCUACCAUGGUGCUCUACUAUGACCGACGAAGAGUGCCUAUUGGUACCAAAUUUCAAUGCGAUCAAAACGAAAAACCAUGAUUAUGUUUUCCAUAAGGAUGUAGUUUUAGGAAAAAGGUGGAUUCCGCUAAAUGUGAUGCAACAAAAUUUAGAAUAUAUCAGACGAUUGUAUUAUAUACCAGCACUGCGCCAAGACAGCAGUAACCUGCCAUGGUGCUCUAUCAUGAACGACGUCGAAAAAUGCCUAUUGGUACCAAAUUUCAAUGCGAUCAAAUCGAAAAACCAUGAAAUUAGCUCCAAAACAUAAAACAAACUCGAAACAAAA